GUGACAGGACACACAACACGGUCCUUGCAUGGACUGUACUGAGGUGUUACUAGGUAAGCAAAAAAGCUUAAUGGAAAGGUUAUUUUUUUCUUUAAAGAUUGUUGUGGUUACAGUUGUACAUACAUGCUGAACAAAAUAUCUUUUAAAUGUACCUAAUAUUUUAGAAUAUUAUUGCAGAAAUCGAGAAGCAUGGAACCAAAGUUGACUGCCAACGGGACUUACACCAUCAAUGAAAUACAUCCCUGCUAUGAAUCAGAUAAUACAAAUUACGUAUUGACAAGUAACCCUUCCAUAAUAUGUCUAUCAGUAUAUAUUUUCCUUGGCUCAUUGUCUGUUGUCACAAUAUGUGGAAAUCUUCUUGUAAUAAUCUCCAUCAUUUAUUUCAAACAGCUCCACACUCCUACCAACUACUUCAUCCUGUCUCUGGCUGUGGCUGACCUGCUUGUAGGAGUUGUAGUUUUUCCUUUCAGCAUGUCAUUCUCUGUAACCUCAUGUCUGUUUAAUGAGAAUUUAUUUUGUAAAAUACGAGAUGGCUUCGAUAUAUCACUGUGCACAUCUUCUAUUCUGAACUUGUGUUGUAUUUCCAUAGACAGAUAUUAUGCAGUGUGUCAGCCUCUGGCAUACAGAACUAAGAUAAAUGUUCAUGUAACUGUGAUAAUGAUCCUGGUGAGCUGGAGUGUUUCUGUUCUAGUUGCAAUUGGCAUCAUAAUUGGAGGAUUCAGUCAAGGAUCAUGUGAAGAAAUGUGCUCAGUUCAUAUUGUAAUAUCAAACACUAUGGGGCCUGUUUUUUCAUUUUACCUCCCAGCAAUUAUAAUGCUCUGUAUCUAUCUGAAGAUUUUUCUUGUUGCUCAGAAACAGGUGAACAGCAUCCAGAGCACAAAGUCUGGUGCAACUGUCAGUAAGAUGGAGAGAAAGGCCACCAAAACUCUCACUAUAGUUAUGGGAGUUUUUCUCUUAUGUAUGACUCCUCACUUUCUUUAUCUUGUUUUUCUGCCAUUAGCUCAUGAAACCCCUCCACUUCCUAUGAUUGAAACACUUAACUGGCUUGCACUGUCAAAUUCCAUGCUGAAUCCCUUUAUAUAUGCUUUCUUUUACAGCUGGUUUCGGUCAGCCUUUAAAAUGAUCAUUUCUGGAAAAAUAUUUCAAUGUGACUUUGCUAACUCAAGACUGUUCUGAUUAUUAUUAUUUUUUUUUUUUACAAAUUUUGAAACAAUCUCAAUUUAUUACUGAAGCCUCUAUAUUACCUACCUUAAUCUAGAGUUUAAAUUUUAACAUGCCAAUAAACAUUUCAAUGCUAAAAUAUGAAUUUCUAUGCCUAUACUUUGUGUGCGUUUUUAUAUAGCCAAUAUAAAUAACAAUUAGAAUUGUUACAAUUACAAUGCAGUGUUAGAAGAUUUUACAAGAAUACUUAAACAACAGUAACUAAAAAGCUAAAAAACAUUGCUAAAUCACAAGGCUACAAAAGGAGGAAAUUAAUAGUUUGGACUGAAAUUCAUUACAUCAUUACUUUUUAAUAAAAGGUUUGUUUCGAAAGGUUUUUGUGAUUGAUGGUGCAACCAUCAUACUGGUUUACAUAGUAUACCAUAUAAUCCUCAAACAGAUAGGUAUUAUUAGAUAACUAUUAGAUUUUAAGUUUGUGUCGCUCGAGUGGCAACCUGUUGAAACAGCUUGCAUUACUUUCUGUGUCUGUGUAAUUCAGUAACAAAUAUCAUUAUAUCACUAAUAUGGUUUACUGAAGCCAUCAUGCUUGACUUUGCACAACUGAAAAACAUAAAAGAUUCCUUCCACACAUGAUCACCAUUUUUCAAGUCCGUCUUAACACAAAAAUAAAAGGCCUGUAUGUUAUUUGAAAGUGAUAUUGGUUGCUGUAUCAUUUCGCCUCUCUCUGCUGUCUGUGUAGUAUGUUCUACAUGGCCAAAAUCCAUAAUUGCUGCAACACUGUACUCUAAAGUACAUUUAGCCCCCUGUACUGUACAAUGAAUCCAAACAGUGAACACAAUAACUGGAGGAAGUUUGGGUAAAAUUUGAGAUUUGGAUUAAUUCUGAGCAUUUUAUUUCCUGUGAAUGAUAUGAGUUUUCCUGAUAUUUUUAGGAACAUUUUAUGCAAUUAUCUGUUGUCAUGUAUUUUCUUAGAUUUUAACAUAUAUAUAUCAUAUAUCAUAAAUACUUAAUAGACUUCUUUUUGACAAAUUCUUUGUUUUCUUCUCAUUGUUCUCUUAGCUCUUUGGUUGUUUUAACUGUUUCUCAGAGAGUGAAGGCUCUGUGACUAUAGCUUGUGUUCAGAUCAAACUAUUUCAUUUAGUUUUAUUGACAUAAAUUAAUGAAAUGCUGAGAUAUAGACCUACUGUAUAUAUUUUUAAAGUCAAAAUAACAGGGCCUCGUAACCCCCUGUGAAGCUUUGGUGACCCAUAGUGGGGGUCCCGAUCCCCAGGUUGGUGACCAGAAACUGCUAUAAACUAACCAACUGAAAGCCUUAUCUUGAGGCUUUCUUUGUUGUGGACUACUGUAGAAACAUGGUGGACUCCAUGGAAGAGGACCCGUUCCCUCUUUAGAUAAAACAGCUCAUUCUAAGGUUACAAAACAUAACGAUUCUUAUUUUCAGGUGAUUAUACACUAAUGAAAAUAUACCUUUUAAUAUCAUGUUCCAUUUUUGCCAAUAGAUCCUCCUUAAAUGUUACACA